CUCCAUCUCGUCCAUCGUCGAGGCAGGCAAGCCAAACUCCCUCAGUGUCUCUUCGCUUAUCUGUCACAUUUCUCUCUCCCUCUCUCUCUCUCUCUCUCUCUCUCUCUCUCUCUCUCUCUCUCUCCUGUUUCUCACUCUUCGCAUCAGUCGCCGGUCGUCGUGUGUAAUUUUUCCAUUUUUCUUAUUGAUUUUUCAAGUGCUUCCGCUCAUCGACGUCCUCGAAAUAAUACGAGAAAACUGAGACAAUUCGCGAAAUAGAAAAACAAGGAGUAAAAUUUUCGUUGAGACGUCAAGCGAUCGACGAUUAAAUCGGUUCCGUGUGUCGCCCGUCUUCUCACUCACGGAGCUCUCAUUCGUGCUACUUCAAUGGAGUGUCAGUGCCUAAAUCGCUCGUUUCUUUGAGAUUCAUCGAGUUUUAGUUCGUGUCAAUUUUACGCUGUUUUCAUUCGCUGCCCGUUGGAGGGACACGAAUAAAUCACGCACCGAAAGCGAGAAAAGGAUCCUCCGAUUCUCAGAGGAGGGACGACUUUUUGUGCGGUUUUGAAAAAGUGAUUCCGAGCCGAGACCCGUUUGCGUGGUGAAACAAACCGAGAAUUGCGAGUGUCAAGUUUUUCGCGAGGCCCAAAAAAUAUCGUUGGUUUUUUUAUCCGGUGAGAAAAUAACAAAUGGAGGGAGUGAUUCCGACGAGACGUUGCUCCGCUUCGAGAAUAUUUAAAUGUUACAAAGAGCCCCGACUCGUCCUCGCGCAUUCAUGUACAAAUCGUGCAAAUUUGUGAGCAAGUGGACGUUUCGUAAGAAGCAAAGAAACAUCGUGAAUCGAGACUUCCGGUACACAUACUCAACGGAAAAACCGGCCAGAGAUUUUCCUCCUCGUUUCUCUCCGCAGGACGACUUUGGCCAGCGAAUUUAAUUUUUAUUCUCAUUUCCAUCGCGAUAUCCAAGAUCUCGCUCGUCCCGAAGUUACGACCGGACUGAAAGUCGCCCGAGAAUCGAGAUCUCGACCCCCCAUCCGGAACACCGAAAAAAAACGUAUCGACGGAGAAGGAGCGAAUCGAGGCUCGGAGGAAUCAAUUUGAAAAAAAACACACACACACUGCGAAAGGGAGGGAGAAAUAUUUCGGAUUGCCUGACAGAUUCCACUUUUUAUUACAUUGGAGCUUUCAACGCAAAAAUUUAUCAGAGUCGAGCCAAAACUUUCGGAGUGAAAGUCGAAGCAACGAUAACCUGAAAUAACGGAUACUAUUGAGGCGCAAAAGGAUAUACGAAACUUAAAAAAAUAAACGGGAGCUCACCGCCGUGGGCCGCAAAAUAACUCGAAAAAUCGCGAAAACCAUGUUGGGAGAAGUGACGUGACGAUGACGAUGCGAAACAUCGACCCGAGAUCCAGUAAAAUCGCGACAUAAAAAUCCUUCGAUAGUGUGCACGAAAAAAAAUUGAUACGAAAACGAAAAUUAAAAGGGGGAAGAAAUUAGAUUUUUGAAAUUCGGUGUUUUGGAUUUAAAAGUAAAGCGGAAAAUCGCGGGAAUAAAAAUCGGAGGGGUGGGUCGUAAUUUUCGAAAUUUUUUCCCUCGAAUAAAAAUAAUCGAUUCGCCCUUGAUCCAACGGCUGGAAUUGAAUCGACGAAAGAAAUAUUUAUUUUGUGAAUUGUCAAUAAAAUUUGUCCAAAUCGAUAUUUCGAUCAAACAAACUUCACUUCGGUGUUCAAUUUAAUUUAUCGAGUGAAAAAUAUUUCGAAAAAUCGUCAAAAUGAAGUUCAUCACUUCGCUGUUCGGCGUGGGAUCGCCCAAGAAAAUGGGCAGGCAGUACAUGAAGGUUGGACGGAACGCUCUUUUCGGCAUCAAACCGAGGGACAGCAAUGGCGAAAUUUGCACCGAAAAAGUUCCGAAACCUCUGAAAAUGCUCAUUUCGAAAAAGGGAAAACUUCGUCACAGCAGGAUCGCCGCUAUAUUGUUCGGUCUACUGGCACUCUCAAUUGGUAUCGUCCUCAGCAGCAUACCUUGGGUCGAUUACGUCAUUUUGAGGCAAUUGCGAUUGUGGAACGGAUCGUUAUCUUUCCAGUACUGGCAAAAACCUGGGGUUGUCAGACUCACCAAAGUUUACAUUUUCAACGUAACCAACGCCGAAAACUUUUUGAACUAUCAGGAAAAACCCAAGCUCCAGGAAGUCGGGCCUUUUGUUUACAGGGAAGACAUGGAGAAAGUUAACAUCGUCUUUCACAACAACGGCACGGUCUCUUAUCAGCACAAAAAAAUACUCAAUUUCGUACCGGAAAUGUCGAAGGACAUCGAUCUGAGGGUCCUGGUGCCAAACAUACCGCUUCUCACCUUGUCGAGCUUGAGCAAAAGUUUACCGAGGUUCGUCAACGUCGGGCUGUCCAUGUUUCUCAGCGGCAUCGAAUCGAAGCCGUUCGUCCCGGUGACCGCUCAAGAGCUCGUUUUUGGCUACGACGAUCCCCUCGUCAGUUUGGCUCACCGUUUCUUUCCGAAGGCGCGACGUCCCAUGCGCCAAAUGGGUCUUCUCCUUGGAAGAAACGGUACGCUCAACGAAGUUUCAACGAUUUACACAGGGCACACAGACAUGAAGGAUUUUGGGAUGAUAAACCGUUUGAACGGGCUCGAGAGUCUGCCGUACUGGUCCGAGGAGCCGUGCAAUUCGAUUCGAGCUUCCGAAGGCUCGUUUUUCCCUCCGAGGGACAAAACCGGCGACGACAUUAUUCACGUCUGGGACAAGGAUCUCUGUCGAACUCUUCCGCUCCAGUAUCGCGGGCCUGUCGAAAAAACUGGUAUCCCAGCCGACCUCUACACGCCGGCCGACAACGUGUUCGAUCCACCGAGCCUCGAGUCCCCCGACAACGAAUGCUUUUGUCCCGACGACCCUAAAAGCUGCCCUCCCAAAGGCCUUCAAGAUAUAAGUCCCUGUCAAUACAACGCUCCGGUCUACGUAUCGUUCCCACAUUUCUACAAAGCGGAUCCGAAGUUGUUGGACGCGGUCGUCGGCCUCGAGCCGAACCGCGAGUUGCACGAAACUUUUUUCAAAAUCCAACCGAAACUGGGCGUUCCGGUCGAGGGCAAAGUCCGCGUGCAGUUGAAUCUAAAGGUCGAACACCAGCCCGACAUAAACGCGGUUGCAAAGUUUCCAGACAUAAUAUUUCCCAUAAUGUGGCUCGAGGAAGGCAUCGACGAGUUGACGCCGUCGAUACGACGCUGGAUUUACCUGUCGACGACCUUCGCAGAGGUCGCCGUGCCCAUUUUAACUUACGGCCUCAUCGUUCUCGGACUCCUUGUCCUUACGACUGUCAUCUGCAAGGCGUACAGAAAUAAUCACGUUUUGAGCCACGACGCGAUAGAGCUUGGAAAACGGACGUUGAGACGAGGCUCGUCCUUCAUAAUCAACGGCCAGCACAGACUGCUCGUUGUCAGAGAAUCGUACGUGAUUCUUGACAACGAGCUCGAUGACAACGCGAAAACGGUUGUUUCGUUGUAGCAUAAAAGCGAGUUUGUUUUAUAAUUCGCAUCGUUCGAUAACGAGGAACCUUCGUUGCUUUUCUUGCGGCUGUCAAAAAAAUUUUUUUCGUGUACAAAAAUCCGUGAAAAGUUGUCCGAAGAUUCGAAGGCGAAAAGGAGCGACGAGAGAUCACACGAUUUCGAGACUUUUCGACGAUGCAAUUUCUACGAGCCUGUAAAUUAAAAUUCGAUGCUAUACGGCGUGAGAAUGGAAGAACGAAAAUCCGCUGUUUUUUCGUCCCGCAUGCUGGAGAAAUUUUAUUUCGAUGUCGAAUCAAGUAAGACGUGAGAGAACUAACGAUAAAAUUAUGAGGACGAGAUUGAUCGAUUGUUUGUUAAACGAAAUAUCGAGGCGUGGGAAAAGGGGAUGAAAAUACAAUGGAGGAAAGAUCGAAACUCGUUGUAUUGCUCAAAGAUAUUUUCUAGAUAAUAUAAAAGUAAGAAACACUCAUUUUUCAGUCGAGUUUAACGCACUCUCGUGACGAGGAUCGAAACUUUCGUUCGAGCUCCGACGUCGAGUGCGUUUGGGAAAAGCGCGUUUGACUCGCGAAGUCGUCAACUCCGCAAAGAAAAAAAGCUGUUUUAUCUCAUCUCCAAAAUGUCGUGUGAAAUCUUCGUCAGACGUUCGGUGACUACUGAGAAAAGUGUGUGGCAGGGACCGAGCGAGAAAAGUGACAAAGAAUUUCUCAAUUCUCGUCUUAUUUUUGCGAGGAAAACAAAAUGUGUCAGUAAACAGCGCGAAGCGGAUGACAGGGUUUUUAGAAACGAAAGUGUGCGACGAGUCAGUAUGAAGCAGGAUUCGAGCGACAGUUACUCGCUCCAAUCCAAUCGAAUAUCCGAUGCAUUUGUUCACCUGACGAAAAAUCUGUAAUUUCGAUGAUCAAUGAGUAGAAUUGUCAGAUAAUUGUAAAUAAUUUUUUUGACGUUGCAGACGAAUAUUGGAAAGAAAGGGAUUUAUACUGCCAUGAGGUUUUUUACUGUGAAAAUUCUCCGGUCCGUUAUUUUUCAUGGUAUAAUCGAAGACAAACGAAAAUCUAAAUAAUCUUAUUCCCUCUUGUAGCCCCGUGACGAAUAAGCUCUCUUGGCCGGUCUUUAUAUAACUCUACCUCGACGUUGGUUAAGUUUUGUCGCUUUACCCAUAUUUACACAAAUUUAUAUAUAUUUUUUCACUGAUUAAGAGAAGGGGGAUCUCGAAGGAGUUGUCAAAUCGAAGGGAGGAAAGUUUGGACUGAGAAAUUUUCGAGUGUAUUUAUAAAAAAUUUGUUCAAUUCAAAGUGUGCACCAAAUUGUCGAUUCGUUGUGUAGAGAACAACGCGGGAAUGAAUUGGAAGGGGUUAGGUGUCGUCCGCCAUUAUCGAGUCGUUCUCUACACGCGAGCGCGUACGUUUUUCAAUAUUUUAUUUUACUGCGAUAUUUCGAACGAAAAUGAGAGUAGUGAAUGGUAGUAAAUUUGUUUAAAUAUUAAAUUAUUGAGCGUAAAUUUAUUGCGGACGAUUACGAGCAGAUCAAUGGCUGUGUCCCGUACGCGUUAAAGUCCCCGAAGCUUUUGUAAUUACUGCGCACGCUUAUCAUAACCUCAAAAAAAACAACAAAACAAGAAUUGUGAAAACGAACAAACGAACAAACGAACCUGCGAACGACGAAUCACGUGUGGGUUUAUUACACGAAUAUCUAUUUGUAACAUUAAUUUUAGGUAAAUCAAUCAUUGAACAUAAUCGUACGGGUGAAAAUUAGGAAUACGAUAAUCGUGCGUCGUAGAUAAUAAUCCGAUAUGAUUUAUUCACCUGCCGAUUUAAUGACCCGAUCGUCAAGAAUACUGUAUAAAAUUUUGUUUUUUUUUUACUUUUGUCAUAAGAACUACCAGAACUACGGAAGUUGCUAAUAAAGACGAUUAAUCGUGCGAACACUUUUCAAAAUUUAUUCUCAUUUAAUGAACGUUUUUCUAAGCUACUUGAGAGGUUUUGUUUGUUCAGGAUUUUCGGAAAAUCCAAUAUCUUCGAUUACUGAUUAUUUUUCAAUUUUUUAAGAAGGCAGGAAUAACGUUUUCAACCCUUCAUGAAUUUCUUUGCUGACGAUUUGAAAAACAUCGGAUUUCCUGUUGCAAUUGCUCGAAGAAAAGGAAUGAAUAAUGAAUGAUUUUCUUACGCCUUCAUAACAAUCGAUUAUUCGAUUAAUCCUGAGAAAUUUCGACGUUCGCUUGUAUUUUUUCAAUAAAGCAUAUAUUCCGUGAAAAA